GCAGUUCAAUAAUCAGCAUGUUAGGGAUAAUUGUCUAAGUUUCCUAUUGUGUCUGAGUGUGUCUGUCUGUCUGUCUAUGGUUGUUUGUCCUGUGUGUUUGCCCUACUUGAGGUUGUCCACAGUCUGCAUAAUGUACUCUUUCCAGCCCCUUUUGUCUCCUGCUGAUCUUGGCUCACUGCUGCAAGCAUCUUGAACUGUUUUUUUGUUUCUUUCCUUUUCUGCUCUCAGGUUGGAUGUCCGCUUCAUAUCCCUCUUGGGGUUAUGAUGUUAUUGUAGAUUUUUGGUGUGUUACAGCCAGCUGAAUAAGUGCCAUAGAGUCAGGUUCAGACUUCUUAUGAAAAACAGUCGGCUCCCCUAGUUUCACAAGCCUGUUCCCACCCUCAGUCUUUCUGUCCACCAACGUUUGAGUCUUCUAUAACCAUGAUGCUCUUCAGCGCUACAUUGUAUCUGGCAUCAACCUGCCUGCUUGUAGAUGCAGGUAUUGCUAAAGAGACUGUUACCACCUGUAUGGACAACGUUGUGCAUCGUUUGAGCUGUGAUCUGGAGAGCGUGAUCAGUGUCGAGACGUCCCUGUACGGACGUAAGGACAAUGUGACGUGCAAUGAAGGAAAGAGUCCCGAUGAGGUUUCCAACACCAACUGCUCUCUUGAUGGCGUCGCUAAUGUCUUCAAGAAAAGAUGUAAUGGAAAAAAGGUGUGUGAGCUGAACACAGAUGUCUUGGGCAGAUCUGAUCCCUGCAGGGGCACCGCCAAAUAUCUGCAGACCACCUACACCUGCCUUCCUGCCAUUCACCGCAUGAUAUGCGAGCACUCUUUAUCAUACUUAAGUUGUGAUCAAGGCCAGGUUAUUGUUGUCCAUGGAGCUGAUUACGGACGCAGAGACCAGACCACAUGUCAGUAUGGAUGCUCAGCCAAUCAGACCCAAAACACAGCCUGCUCCAGCCCCACCAGCAAAGUUGCUGAAAGCUGCCAAGGUAAAAACAGUUGCGUCAUUAAAGCCAGCAACUCUGUGUUUGGAGAUCCUUGUUUGGGCACUUACAAGUACCUGGAGGUGGCUUACCACUGUGAAUAUCCCGUCACUCCAGAUGAAACCAUGCUGUUCUUCAGACUCAACUCUGCACUAUUGCUUGCAACAGCUUGUUUACUCAUGGUAUCUGUUGCUGUUACCGAAAAGGCCACAACCUGUGAUGACAGCGAUAAUAUCCAGCAUUUGAGCUGUGAAAACGGAGUGAUCAGUGUGCAGUCGGCCCUGUAUGGACGAGCUGACCGACAGAUCUGCAGUGAGGACAAGUCUCCCCAGCAGCUUGCCAACACACAGUGCUCUCAAGAGGGCGCUGUGGACAUCAUCAAAAAGAGGUGUGAUGGUAAGAGGGUGUGUGAGUUCAACACAGAUGACGUCCGCCGCUCCGAUCCCUGCGUCGGCAUCGCCAAGUAUCUGGACACCAAUUACACCUGCCCCCCAGCACAUCGUCGUGUCACAUGUGAACACUCCUAUGCACAUUUGUAUUGUGAUUAUGGGCAGGUCAUUUUCGUCUAUGGGGCCGACUACGGACGUCGAGACCACACCACCUGCUCUUACAGACGACCUGCCUCUCAAACUGAAAAUGUUUACUGCUCAAACCCCACCAACAUAGUGGCUCAGAUCUGUAACAGGAAAAACAGCUGCACAAUCCGGGCCCACAACUCAGUUUUUGGAGACCCGUGCGUAGGCACAUUCAAGUACCUGGAGGUGGCUUACACAUGCGAAUGUGAGUAG